AUGGCGUCCUGCCUCAUGGUUGGGUUGACCCUGGCACUCCUGGGCCCGGGCUUGGCUUCUGGCGCCGAGAGCUGCAGCUCCACAGCGGGGUCGCUGAUGCUGCAAGCCAGGCGAGGUCUCCACAAACACGCGGUGAGCGAGGUGGUGACGGCGUCCAUGGGCCUUUGGACCGACGAUGCCUCGGCUUUCCAAGGUGGCUCCUGCGAAUACGCCAGCGCAUCGCAAGGUGGUCUUGAGUCGCCGUCGGCCACAAGCAAAUACCUGGAAUCCCGGGCUGUUUGCCUGGCCAACCCUGCGAUCUACGGCGGCGGAGUCGCCUGUGGCUCCUGCUGGAAGGCUGAGCGAGAGGGUCAGGGCAGCAUGGUGGUGCAGAUCAUCGGGUCUCAUGGAGGCUCCAACAACUUGGACUGCUUCUCCGACGCCUUCCGCACCAUCGCCGGUGCGGACGGCGGCACUUUCGAGGUCCGCCUUGAGCCCGUCGAGUGUGAGGUGAAUGGCGCAGGGCCAGUGGCGACCAUCGUGGAUGGGGACAACGCCUGGUACACACGAGCCAUCUUCUCCAACUUGCCUCAUGCCGUCCUGGCUGCCUGGAUAUCCGUGGAUGGGAAAGCGACGGAGAUGCGUCGUGUAUCGGGAGCGACUUGGGAGGCCAACCUCGGAGGUGGUGGCUCUGUUGUUGGUUUCAAGGUGAGCCUGGAGGGCGGAACGGAAAUGGCCUUCCGCGACUGCUUCAGCUCGUGGCCUGUGGCGAAAGGAAGUUCCUGCAGCACCUCCGGCUCCGGGCCCUCGCCGGGCCCUUCUCCUUCUCCGACUCCGACUACUCCAACUCCGGCACCUUCUCCGACUACGACAAAGCUGACCACGACCACCGUGAUGGCCACCACCACCACCACGGCUCCAACUCCAACUCCGUCACCUGCGGAGUGUGCCGCUCCAGGGGACGACUGCCGCGAUGCCGGCUGCUGUCAGCAAGCUGGGCAGACCUGCUAUGAGAAGGAUGCCUUCUUUGCGGCCUGCCGCAGCAGUUGCGUGCCCGGCAGCGUGAACCCCAGGGACCCGGAAGAGUUCCGAACGCCCUGGACAUGCGAGAUUGUCGGCAACACCAACCCAAGCCCAACUCCAGCUCCAACUCCGUCGCCAUCCCCGGUGCGGCCCGUGCCUUCGCCCGGUCCAGGACCCUCGGGUGCCUUCCGCACUUCAGAAGUCGGCUCCAGCAAGGACCGCCUCUUCGAGUUUGUUCGGGUGCUGACCAAUCAGCCCGUUUCAGGCUCCAAGGCUCGCGCAGUGCAAUCUUCUGGCGGAGCAGCUGGGGGCAUCGUGUCCGAGAGUCAGGGCUAUGGCCUCCUCCUUGCAGGGACGCUGCUGGCUGCCAUGGACUCUGAUUCGGAUUUUGGCCGCGUCUCCGAGCUUACCUACGAGCUUUUCCUCGGAUGGCGCCGCAUGUGCGAGCUGAGCGCAGCGGGCGGCAGCUGUCAGGACGAUGAGGGUUUCCAGUGUGGCGGUGGCCAAUACCCGUGCCUCCCACAUUGGAAGUUCGGCGAGGAUUUGACCCAGGUCGUCGGAAAGGGAGCUGCGCCAGAUGGGGACGUCGACGCCUUGUUGGGCAUGUUGUUGGCUGUGUUGGCUCUGGAAGGCACAAGCCGCGAGCCGGCCUGGCUCGGCGAGGUGGGCCAGUGGGCCUACGACACCUGCAAGCAGUUUUAUCUCAGCUCCACCGUGGCCUCCCCAAGUGGCCAGCACCAGAUCGUGAAGUUGGGCUCCUGCUGGGGCGGCUGGGGAACGCAAGGGCAGAACCCCAGCUACCACGCGCCCGGUGUCUACCGGCUCUGCCGGGACUACAUGGCCUCUCACGAUGAGAAAUACGGCGGGUCCUCCACGGAGGGCGAUGGCUUUGCAAGAGAUUGGGAGACGCUCAUCGCCACGAGCUACAAGAUGCUUGCGGCCACGCAGUGCCCUUCGACGGGAUUGGUCCCGAACUGGGCUCAGAUCUUCGAAGAUGGACGCCGACUCCGGGCUCAGACGGGCUUCAGCGGCAGCGGCACGCCGGGUGCGGAGUUCGGCGCCGAGGCGUCGCGGACCAUCUGGCGAGUGGUGGUGGACUUCCUGCUGUAUCCUUCCGAGGCGCGCCCAGCCGCCGACUUCCUGAGUCCGGUUGCCAAGCACUUGGGGAAGAAGGAGAACUCUGGGCGAUGGGCGUCUUCCCUGGAUGUGGAUGGCGCUUGCCUGGUGGAGACCAUCCACCCAGGAUGGCAGGUUAACAUGUUCAUGGCGGCGCCCACCUUCGCCAGCCUUGUCUGCCCAGCGGAGCUCGAGGGCGGCAGACAGCAGGAGCUUCUGGACUCGGCCGGCAGGCUCUUGGCCAGCAAGCGCAUCCGGGACUACUACUCCGGCAGCUGGGUGGCCAUCAGCACCAUGACUCUCAACGGCGACCUGGCCAAAGCAGCCGCCAAUGCUAAGAUCGGGUCGGCAGCACGCUCCGCCUCGGCGCCCGUGAAGCUGAUCUCUUGA